AUGGCGGUGAUGAUGUGUAGACGUACGGGGCACAUGGAGCAGAUGUGCCUUCAGCAGCACCUGCUGCUGUCUCUUUUGUUUACUUCCUGCUCUUGUUUUUCAGGGCUGGGAGAGGGUUCUGCCCUCCUUCAUCCAGACAGCAGAUCACAUCCUCGGUCCUUAGAGAAAAGUGCCUGGAGGGCUUUCAAGGAGUCACAGUGCCAUCAUAUGCUCAAGCAUCUCCACAAUGGUGCACGGAUCACUGUGCAGAUGCCCCCAACCAUCGAAGGCCACUGGGUGUCCACAGGUUGUGAAGUGAGGUCGGGGCCAGAGUUCAUCACAAGAUCUUAUAGAUUCUACAACAAUAACACCUUCAAGGCCUACCAGUUUUACUAUGGCAGCAACCGCUGUACAAAUCCCACCUACACACUUAUUAUCCGAGGCAAGAUCCGCCUGCGCCAAGCAUCCUGGAUCAUCCGUGGGGGCACAGAGGCCGACUACCAGCUUCAUGGCGUCCAAGUCAUCUGCCAUACAGAGACAGUGGCUGAACAACUCAGCCGACUGGUGAAUCGAACUUGCCCAGGCUUCCUGGCUCCUGGUAGUCUCUGGGUACAGGACAUAGCCUAUGACCUGUGGCAAGAGGAGAGUAGCCAUGAGUGUACCAAGGCUGUGAACUUUGCCAUGCAUGAACUGCAGCUCAUCCGUGUAGAGAAGCAAUAUCCCCACCACAGCCUGGACCAUCUAGUAGAGGAGCUCUUCCUGGGCGACAUCCACACUGAUGCUACCCAGAGGGUGUUCUACCGGCCAUCCAGUUACCAGCCUCCCCUGCAGAAUGCUAAGAACCACAACCAUGCCUGCAUAGCCUGCCGGAUCAUUUAUCGCUCCGACGAACACCACCCUCCUAUCCUGCCCCCCAAGGCUGACCUGACCAUUGGCCUACAUGGGGAAUGGGUGAGCCAGCGCUGUGAGGUACGCCCCGAAGUCCUCUUUCUCACCCGCCACUUCAUCUUCCAUGACAACAACAACACCUGGGAAGGGCACUACUACCACUACUCGGACCCUGUCUGCAAACACCCGACAUUCACCAUCUAUGCUCGAGGCCGCUACAGCCGCGGUGUGCUCUCCUCAAGGGUCAUGGGUGGCACGGAGUUUGUGUUUAAAGUGAAUCACAUGAAGGUCACUCCCAUGGAUGCUGCCACAGCUUCCCUCCUCAAUGUCUUCAGUGGGAACGAGUGUGGGGCUGAGGGCUCCUGGCAAGUGGGGAUCCAACAGGACGUGACACACACCAAUGGCUGUGUGGCUCUGGGCAUCAAACUACCUCACACGGAAUAUGAGAUCUUCAAAAUGGAGCAAGAUGCCCGGGGCCGCUACCUACUGUUCAAUGGCCAGAGGCCCAGUGAUGGCUCCAGCCCAGACAGGCCUGAGAAGAGGGCAACAUCCUACCAGAUGCCCUUGGUCCAGUGUGCCUCUUCCUCACCAAGAGCUGAAGACUUGGAAGACAGUCGAGCCCAUCUGUUUGGCAGGGCAGCAGGGAGGACAGCUGGGCCCCUAUUGCUUACUGCCUUUGCCUGCCUUUGGACUCUACCACAUUGGAGUAUCCUCCGAUAGAAGACAUUUGCUAAACCAAGACUCUUUACCAUUUAUGACUCUUCUUCCCACAGAGAAAGGACAUUGAUUCUUUUGAUGCACUUGAAUGCCUGACAUCUGCCAUUGCCUUUCCCUUGUCCCCUCUUCCAGCCUCUGAGUCAUGAGCAGUGUGUUUGAAGUUUCAGCUUUGAAUUUCUUCCAGCCUGAUCCCUGGCCUGAGAACUUCAUAGCAGUGAUUGCACUUUAAGUCUGCAGAGAGUUGGAGCUAGUGGCUUUAGGGGUGGCAGCAAGGGUGGCAGCUGGCUUCUUACCUCUGUCCUCCCAGUCCUGUAUGUAUCUCUGGGCUGAGCUUUGAAGAUAAAAAUGUCAAGCUCCAGCUUUCUCUGCCAUCACUUCUCUUAUUUCUCCAAACCCCUUUCGUACCCCAAGUUUUCCACACUGGAAUCCAGUGAAGAGUUGGCUUGGGACCACCAUCAAGACCCUGUAGUAUAUUAAUACAGAAAUGAUAUGGGUAUUGAUAUGUACCUAAGAGAAGACGCAAGGUUCAGCUAAGUCAUUGUUCCCGCCUUAAUGCCAAUCCACACUUUCAGAAAUGUUGGGUUGAAAGGUGUAUCUGUAAUGCCUCAAAGAAAUUUAAAUUGGGUUUCCUAGCACUGGUUUUCACUUGUUGAGCAAAGAUGUGUGCUGUAUACUUGGUUUGGUGAUACAGGUUAUAGCCUACUGCUUAACCCUCAGAGUUGACUGGUCCAGUUGGGAAAUUCAGAAAGGCCUGUUAUUCUAGGCAGUCAGGAGCAGCAGUGCUGACGGCAGCUAUGGUGUGGUAAGAGCUACAGGAGCGAUAAGGAGAUCUGUGGCAGUUUUCUCCACGUGAGGCACCCGUGUCCUGGCUCACACUGUGGUUGGGGUGGGGAGAAGAACCCCACCUCUACCCUGCCAUCUUCAUAUACACAGAGACAGAGCUUUUCAGUGCUCCAGUGGCUUCCUGGUGAGAGAGGCCUGGGUGGGACUCAUGCACACUGGGGACCCACUCUGCUAGAGGCCAUCUCCGUGCAACAGAGUCCUUGUGAGAAGUCACUCUGUGAUACUGGCUUGAUGUGGCUUCCUCUCUGCAUUUACUUGGUUCUGCCCCAGCUGUGAGUUCCAGAGCCAUCUUAUUCAGGGCUAGCUGCUUCACAGUCCUUAGGAAGGAGGAGGGGAUGGCUGCCCAUUCCUUUGUGUUCUUGCAACCGGUGUUAGAAACACCACAUGCUCUUGCUCUCACAGACCCAUGCAGGCAAGCCGUGAGAAACAAGAAACCUAGUUGUGACUGAAAGCAGACACAGAGACCACAAUCCAGGAGAAGCACCUGUCAUGUAUUUAAGAAUCCAGUUUAUGAAGCAGUAAUGUUCCGUGUGGUGUUAAGUUAUAGUGAUGGCAUGGAGUACCAGAGUGCUUUAUAAUUAGAUUAUAUUUUAAGUCAUGGUGCAUACUUGAGGGGGGUUAUCCAAAAGGAAAAUACUAACUUAAUGUCUACUAAGUUUAAUAAACAAAGAAUUUGGAAGGAAUCCCGCGAAGAAAUAUGUCUUAUUUGUUGAUUUAAUUAAUAUUGAUACUGUUCUCAAAGUGAAAACCUGUACUGACUCUAAGACACACUUGACGGAUUGACCAGGGUUUGGGUUUACAGCCAUUUGGUUCAUUGCCUUCCUUCUAGACCCAACCUAUUUCUACUUCUUAACAGUAUGCUCCAUAUACCACCCCAGAUGCAUAGAUAUUAGCACAUAUGCAGUGUACUCAUGAUGAAGUUUGUGUGAUCACUUUCUGAUG